AUGACCAACACCGUCGGCGGCUUCGAAACGGACCACGCGAUCGCGAUCCUGGACGCCUUCCCGUGCACCCCCGGGCACGCGCUGCUCCUGCCGAAGGCCAAGGGCUACGUGACCGUCAUGGACAUGCCCGCGGAGGCCGCGGCGGCGGUGCUGCGGGAGCUGCCGCGCCUGGCGCGGCUGGUGCAGGGCGCCACCGGCGCGGACGGCGUCAACGUCGUGCAGAACAACUACGCGGCCGCGGGGCAGGUUGUGCCGCAUCCGCACUGGCACGUGAUCCCGCGCCUCGACGGCGACAAAUUGGUGCAGCUGGGUAAGUCUGCGGGCCCGAUCAGCGCGGAAGACGCAGCCGCUAUGCUCGCCAAGAUGAAGGACCAGUGA